AUGUGGUGGACGCUGCGCCUCUUGCAGCGGGAAACGGGCACGUCCUCGGCGCUUUCGCUCACCGAGGCAUGUGUCACACGGCAGUUAACGACAAAAAACAUACGAAGGCCAAAGAAAGUGCAACGUCAAAUGUGGAUGGACCGGAUGAAAAAAAGACGACGUGAGCGGGCAAGGAUGAUCGCUGCACACGAGGAAUCCCAAAAGGCAUCCAUGAACAACCCCACUUUGAGUGGCCGAGACGUCAUCAUGGCUCAACUUGCCAAUGAAAUAUUUAGCCGAGGACACAAACAUGUCUGCUGCGCAACAAACAUCUCGUUUGUGCCUGAUGGCAACGCUGCCAUGCCUGAGGUUGCACUCGCGGGGCGUGGGAAUGUCGGCAAAACAUCACUGCUUCGUUCCCUUUUUCGGGCUUCACGCGAGGUUGGGCGCUCAAACGUCAAGUUACGUCGUGAUGCAAUGAACUUCUUUAACGUUGGGGGCGGUGUGUUCAAUGUGGUGGAUCUGCCAGGGUUUGGCGGUACAUCCGUUCCGUGGUCAACUGUGUUGCAGCAUGCCGUCCUGCUUCGCAACUUUGUGCAGUACCGCCCAAGUUUGAAAAUGCUAUAUUACUGUAUGGAUGUGCACUAUAAGCACGGUGUAUACAUCCAAGACAUUGACAUUCUAAGAUUUCUUUCAAAGGAGGUGCCGAACUUUACAAUUGUUCUGACAAAGGGCGAUCAGCUCGACACGACAAAAUCGAAUGACGCGUUUCGUCUAGAGGAUAUCCGAAGGGAAUUACUUUUUCAUGACAUCACUCACCCCGUACUUGUCACCAGUGCGUACCACAUGGGUGGUAUCGAUGCAUUGCGUUUUGACAUGGUGAUGAACUGCAUGCACGCCGUCCCAACCGAACGCCUGACGCUGACAGAAGCAAAAAGACUGUCGGAACGUCUGCUGUCACAACGCGAACUCGGCACAGUACGUCAGUUGGACUUGCCGCCUACGCAGCUUCAGGAAGACCUGAUAGCGUGGGAAGCUGAACUACGGCAGGAGCGGGCCGCAGGAGGAGUAACAGAGAGAGAAGAUGCGGUGGAAAGCACGGAGAGAACAAUUGCUUCAGAAGGCAAAGUGGAGGAGCACAAAAUCUCUGUGGCGUCCAGCAUUAAAAAUGGCUACAACAACAACAACAAUAACAGAAGUGAACGCAGCGAGAAAGAGUCAACAUCAAUGGUGGAGAUGCAUUCAUCAGGCUGUUCCAACGCUCUACUUGAUCCUGAUCGAGAAGUGGCCUUUGCUUCUCUCUGCAAGAAGUUGACAAACAAUGCCCUGAUGAGUUACGUAAAACAGACAAGUCCGUGGCGCAAUCCACUUGUGUGGCCAACGAACGUGAUACCAACAAAACAUCCAAAGUCAAACAUUAUGCGAUGCCCCGAGGAUCCGCAGAAUCCAUACCUUACUCAGGCUCACUUUGUCUGCCCCCGAGCGGACAUGCUUUUUCGUCGUCCCAACGUGGGUGUGCGUAGGGCUUCGAACAAGGGCCGAUAUGAAGCCGACCGACCGCUUGCAUUUCUCAUGAAACCGUACACAGUGCCAUAUUUUCCCGAUAUUGUGGACGUUAAUAUGCACCCGCUGCCUUGGACUUUUCUUGGCAGCCGUGAGGCCUACUAUGAGAAGAAUGGUGGUCGGCACCUGGGUGUACGCCUAUCGCAGUACGCCUCCACCGGAGAAGUUCGAGCCCUCGCGGAUAAUCCAGCACCCGCCGAGCCGGAUCUUACGAAGGAGGUCCGGGCGCUUGAGCGGGCCCGCUAUGGAUCCCCUAUUGCGAUGCUGCGGCCGCCUGAAAAGGCGCAUAGGGAGGCUAGCGCUCCUGUUGUUAUUGAUGUUGGCGUGGCGAAUAACGAACGUGCGGAUGAAUGA